ACUGGAACGGUUAUAGAGCGGCAUCUGAAUAGUUCGAUUCAUCAACAUAUAUAUAUAUUUAUUAAAAUGCGCGUCGUCAUCUUAUCAGCACUUUUACUUUUACUUAAUCGUGACUGGGUUAAGGCAGAGUCUACAACAUCUUCAAACAGAACGAAUAAUAAAUUACCAAAUAUAAUUAUUAUAUUAGCAGAUGACAUGGGCUUCGACGAUGUGAGUUUCCGUGGAGGCAGGGAAUUCCUCACACCCAACAUCGAUGCUUUAGCAUAUCACGGACGCAUCUUAGAUCGCCUCUAUGCGCCGGCGAUGUGCACGCCUUCUCGUGGCGCUCUGCUAAGUGGCAAAUAUCCCAUACACACAGGUACCCAACACUUUGUGAUUAGCAAUGAGGAGCCCUGGGCGCUCUCACUCAAUGCAACUCUGAUGCCUGAGAUCUUUAGAGAGGCUGGAUACUCAACCAAUUUGAUAGGCAAAUGGCAUUUGGGCUUCGCCAAGCCAGAGUAUACGCCCACUCACAGGGGCUUUGACUAUCAUUAUGGCUACUGGGGCGGCUACAUUGACUACUAUCAACGACGGGCUCAGAUGCCGGUGGAUAACUAUACGAUGGGCUACGACUUUCGACGCAACAUGCAGCUGGAGUGUUCUGAACGUGGUGUCUAUGUCACCGAUUUGCUGACCAACGAAGCGGAGCGUCUAAUUACUGAGCAGCCAAGCAAGCAGAAGCCUUUGUUCCUGAUGCUCGGUCAUCUAGCGCCGCACACUGCCAACACCGAUGAUCCGUUGCAGGCGCCCGAGGAAGAACUUCGUAAAUUUGCGCACAUCAAGAAUCCCAAUCGCAGAAAGUAUGCUGGCAUGGUAUCCAGACUGGAUCAGAGCGUGGGUCGCAUCAUCAGCGCCUUGGCACGUAGCGAACAGUUGAAGAACAGCAUCAUCAUCUUUUAUUCGGAUAAUGGCGGACCUUCAGUUGGCCUCUUUGCUAACACCGGCUCCAAUUUUCCACUCAAGGGUCAGAAGAACACACCGUGGGAAGGCGGCGUGCGAGUUGCUGGCGCCAUUUGGAGUCCCUUGUUGGAGGCUCGUGGAAAUGUGUUCACUCAGCCCAUCUAUGUUGGCGAUUUCCUGCCAACACUUGCCCAUGCGGUUGGCAUUGAUUUGCCACAGUCCCUUAAACUGGAUGGCAUUGAUCUGUGGCCACAGUUGGCGGGUGCCAAAGAUGCCGUUCAUGUGCCUCGCGAGAUAUUGCAUAACCUGGACGAUGUGUGGCGGGUUAGCUCCUUGAUGCUCGGUCAGUGGAAGUAUGUGAAUGGCACAACAUCGGCGGGUCAAUACGACAGUUUGCUGAUGUAUCGCGAACUGGAUGAUCUGGAUCCACGCGCGAGUCGUUAUGUGGUUGAAGUGCGUAAUUCACCUGUAUCUAAAGCCCUCGCUCCUUUCGAUUUACAGCGGUUAACCCAGUCAAGGAUCAACAAUCUCAGUCGAGCUGCAAAAGUGCGCUGUGGUGACUUUCAGCGGGGCUGCAAUGCCUUGGUCGAGGAAUGUCUCUUCGAUUUGAGCGUGGAUCCUUGUGAGACUAACAACUUGGCUUACUCGAAGCCCCAUUCGGACGUGCUUUCGGCACUGCGAGAGCGUAUCCAUCAGCUACGGGCAGGCGCUGUGGCGCCUGGUAAUCGACCCAGUGCCAGUUACGCUGAUCCCAGUUUACACAAGUGCACUUGGGAUAAUUUCGAGGUGAAACCGGCGGGUUCAGUCCGCCUAGAAUGUGAUUACCAUGGCUUACCUUGUGACGCGUAAUUUUACUGGACCAGUUACUGGAAUUCGGAUAUUAAAACAUUAUAUUUUGGCACGACCUUAAUAUUAUAGAAUGUAAGCAAACGAAGCGC